AUGAGUACGAUCCCCAACCAUCUCUACGAGGAUGGCAAUACGACAGGGUAUGGAAGGAAGCAAACGAAGUCAAUUCUCAAAAACAGGGAAAACAUGACGAUGCCUAAUCCUUCAAUGCCACAGAGGCACUUUGAUACUGCCUCGAGACUUGCAAAUCGCAGGGUCUCUUUUGCAAAUAAGGUGAAGCUUCAUAAGAUCGACUUUGUUCCGAUGAACGGGGCCAGUUCGGAGAGUGAGAUGAUGGAGGAGAAGCCCGAUAGCAGCUCUGAUGAAGAAGAAGAGGAAGGUGAUGUCAGUUUAUCGGCGUUGGAAAAAGACGCCUCAGCCUUCAUGGAUCAAAUGAGAAGUAUUCAAAACGACAACAAUAGCAGUGAUGAUGAUGAUCUACCUCAAAACGAAAACGUUACAGAGAGGUCGAAUGAUGAUCAAAUAAUGGACUUUACGGGCCUGAUACGACACACUCAGGAACAAGAUAUGGACUUCACGGAUCAGCUCAAUUCACACCAAAAGAUGACUUUGGCGUAUCCAUUAUCAACUGACAACCACAACAGCCAUGAACAUCUUCAUCAGAACUACCAGAACCAUAAUUCUAAUUUGGAGAUCACUAUGGAGCUUACCAAGAACGUUUCUUCUUAUGCCAUGAUAUCCAAUACCCACCCUGAACGUUUCGGCAUCGAAAGCCCAAAGCCACAUUUCUUGAAUGGCCAUCGCUUGGAGUUUGACGGGAACGGUAACGAAGAAGCGACAAUGGACUUUACGAAGUUUUUCAACGACUCGUCUCGCCAUGAAAUCUUCAAUCUUCACGAAGCCGCCAGACUUAGUCCAAUUCCUCUUCCAGGAUUAAACAUGCCAUCUGCUUCUCAGGAUGGCGAUGAUAUGGAACUCACCCAGCAAUUCCACAAGGCAAAUGUUGAUGAACAUGACAAACAUCAACAGACGAACGGCGACCUCCAGCAAAACAAAGUCGAAUUCAAAGCACCUUCAACUCCACCGAUAUUACACAGUCCCCUGGUAAGAUCAGAUGACGGUCACUCGGUCAAUGGUGAAGAGGCUGACCACGAGCAAACUAUGGAAUUCACAGGGCAGAUCAGAGCUGUUAACCUGGGUCAGACGGACAACGAGAACGAACAGAAUGGUGCAGAAUCUAAUGUGGAAGAACCCGAAGUUCAGGAUGAUCAGGCCAAUCUUGAGCAGCCUGCCUCGGAAGUUCAGCAGUUGUCUUCACCGGAAGCCGAAACAGACAAUAACCAAGGCGAGCAUGAUGGGGAAGAAGAGAACGAACAAGAGCCAGAGAAAAGCCCUUCAGAGUAUGGAACUCCAGCAGCGUCUCCAACUAAGACCCCGGCUCUACCAGAAGACGGGUCAAACGGUGUCUCCGCUGCAGAAAAGCUCGGCGGAUCCGAGGUACCACUCGGUGUGCCUCAAGAGGAGGCAUCCGAACCACAUCAAGCACAAGCAAAUAUACUGAGUAUUCCUGUUUCGUCUAACGAAGUACAGGAGGGAGAAGAGGCAAAUUUGGAAGCCAACGUUUCUGAAGCAAAGGACACCGAAGAGCCUAUUGACGAGGAUGUCGAGGAACAGGAGAAGGAUACUUCUUUGAAUGAGGAAGAUGGGCAACAACAUGGCUUGAAGACACCAGAAGCUGAAGAAGAUGUUCAAGAGAAAAGACCAGGACUUCCAGAUGGCAAUGACGCGAAGACACCCGAUGCAGCUGUCGAGGAAGAGAACGUACAAGGUUUGUCUCAAGAAGCUGCUACUGCUUCCAACCCAAUCGAGCUGUCCCAGCCAAUGGAACUCACCCAGUCAAGAAGCGAAAUUCAGAAUGUUUCUAAGAUUGAACUGCCCUUAAAAAGGUCUUCUGAUGGGUUUGAUGAAUCCGUCCUGAAACAGCAGCGGUCCGAAACCCAUGUAUCCACUUUGGAUAUACCGUUGGCCGAAACCUCGACUUUAUCGGUUGAUGGAGUCGACGAAGACUAUGACGAUCCAAAUUACGAACCCGUGUCACUUCCUACCUUUCUUAAUGACAUUGGCGUAAAGUUCUACGAUGAUCUCGAGAUUGCCACUGAUACGGCUAAUCGGUACUCCCUUGCCCUUCAUGACGACGCAACUACUGUCUCUGACGAGGAAUACUACAAGGCUAACGUUCACUUGCCUCUUCUUGAAGUGCUUGAGAUGAGUUGCAAAGAACUCACGCAAAAGAUUCAGCAAGGUAAGACUCUCUUCCAGGAAGUCAGCCAACAGACUCUUGAUGAUAAUCCUGUUUUAUUUAAGCAGUAUUAUCUGUCCUCAUACUAUGACCAGAUAUCAAUGAAGUCCCAUUUCCAUCAGUUGAAGGAGUUCACAAGGCAUCAAGCUAAACAGGUAUGGUAUCAAUGGCGGACACAACUAAUGCAGAAUGUUUUGGAGGUGCAACAGGGCAAUCUUGAGAUACUUCAAGCGGACAAGGCAAUCCUUCUGGAUAGCAUCGAAGAACUAGAAGCAACGCAGGCCAAUAUUCGUGCAGAAUUGCAGCAGCUUAAGAAUGAUAUUUCGUCAUUCAAGGAGAUAAAGGCUUCGUUUCAAGACUUGGACGCUAACCAGCUCAAGAAUAUUAAGCUGCAGUUAAUGGAACUUAAUCAGAAGCUUCUUGACCACAGGGAUGACAUAACGAAGAAGGAAGAAAAGCUUUCUAAGGUCGAAGAGAAGAUUAAAGCGGUGAACGCUGACAUUCAAAAACAGCAGGACGAAUUACGCAAAGCAGAGAGCCAACUCAGUCGCAGGAGACACUUCAGCAACAAGGAAAUCGAAGAGCUCGAAAACGACGUCGAAGAGACCGAAAGGCGAGCUGCCCUCAAGUAUGUUUCAGGCAUUGGAACAGACGACAUUGAGUUUGAAUGUAAUUCUAACGUGGCUGCCGUUAUUACUUACCAGGAUUCUGUCCCAUCGAGCAUCCGUUUUAAGGAAAGAGAAACUAAUGCUAGCGAUUUGAUAUUCAAGAGCCUAGCACCUUUGGCAUUGAAAGAACUCCCAAAGGAAGGUCUUUCGCCAGAAAAGAACAUUACUGAGUUCAAGCUGAUCUGGCAAAAGGUCAAAGAGAUUGACAUGGAUCUUUACAAACUUUCGCUUAAGUAUCCUUUGCAACUCAAUGUUAACGAGGAUAAAUUCCGUGUCGAAAUCACAGUUUUCACCUUCGGCUCUGGCACAGAGACAAUAUUCGAGCUAGAGCUUCAGGCGAGAGAUAUUAUGAGCUACCCCAACCAGCUCGCUGUCACUGCGAAAAAGGGCAGACGUCUGAACAAGACCUCUUCCAUCUAUCUUUCGGUCUCUCCAAAGAAGAAAACUCUCUUGCGCCUGAUAGUCAUGGACGACACGCUAGACGCAUCUUACUACUUGGGUGGUAAAACUGCUGAUGCAUCCAAAACAUUGGAUAUUGUCAUUGGCAGUGGUGAUAUCGUCACGAUUGACGAAUUGCCUGAUGACCCGCAAGAACUUAUUUCUUUCUUGGAAGGAGAGUCCUGUGACGUGAAAUAUUGGAUUCUUGUUGCUCAGGCUUAUGCACAUGAUAGAAAGCUUGAUGAAGCUAUCACCAUUGCCGAGAAGGGUAUCUCUGUUAAGCAGCAGAGCGACAAAGACCGUUUAUUAGUGCUUCUAGCUUCUAUUCAUUUUGCCUUUGCUUCUGAAGGUGUCAACAGAGCAGACCAUGUUUUGAAAGCUCAGGAAGCCCUUUCUCAGGUGGACGAUUCUACUUCAGUGCCAGCUCUCGUAUCGCAGGCUGUUCUCCAUGUUCACAAGGAUGAGGCUGAAAGUGCUUUACAAGUAUUCGACCGUUUAUUGAAACUCGAUUCAACAAACUGUAUUGCUUUGCUUGGAAAGGCCCAAAUUACGCUCAGCAAAACGCAGAACUACACCAACGCUUUGAAGAUUUACCAGCAGGUGUUGGUAUUGAAUCCAUUAAUGAAGCCAGACCCAAGAAUCGGCAUUGGUUUGUGCUUCUGGUUCCUCAAAGACCGCUCGAUGGCCAUCAACUCUUGGGAUCGUGCUCUUGAGAUAGAUCCAAACAAUUUCAAGGCUAAGCUACUCUUGACUUUGGCCAAGUUCGACAAUGUGUUCACCAACUCGCUCUCUGAUGAGAAAUUCAUAGAAGGAUACAAGAGCGUCAUAACAGAGACAUCAGAUCUUCACAGCAAGGUGCCUAAUGAUAAAGUGAUUUUGAUUGUUCUUGCUUCCUAUUUCUACUCGAAGGGUGAUUAUGAGAUGGUUGAAAAAAUCGUCAACAAGGUUGUCACAUCCUCCUCCGCUGACAUUGCCGCAGCAAAGUCCUCGAAGUUGAGCCCCUUUACCUCAAAAAUCCUCUCCCAGGGCUCGUUCUGGCUCGGUCGUGUUGCAUACGCCAAAAACGACUUCACCCAAGCUCAGAAAUAUUUCCAUGAAGCCAUCAGAUUAGAUGACAACAACUUGCUUGCCAAGUUGGGUUUGGGUCAGGCCCAACUUAGCCGUGGAUCUUCGGAAGAAGCCAUCAUCACUUUCGAAUCCAUUGUCAGAUCGAACUCUAAGUGCUUGGAAUUCAAUUAUGCAUUGGGUCUCUUGUAUGCCCAGCUGAAGUCCCGUAGCAAGAACGAUCAGGCCGUUCAAAUGUUGGAAAGAUACAUUAGAUUGUCCAACAAUCGUGGAUUGGCUGUCGCUAAUAUGAAAGAGGAUGAGGCUUAUCUUAACAAAGAGCCAGUUGUGCUCAAUGCCUACUUACAGUUGAGUCAGCUAUACCAAGCCAAGGAUAUUUCCCAAUCGUUGACAUACUUGCAUAAGGCCAUCGAAAGCAGGAAACAAAUCGGUCUGGAUGCACCAUUGGAAGUUUACAAUAACAUUGGUGUCUUCAAUUUCAUCAAGAAUAAUGAAACUGCAGCAGCAGAAAAUUUUGCCUUGGCUCUUCAAAAGGCCGACGACUACCAAGUACCGGAAGAUGCUAUUGAUGAGGCCGUUCUUGAUUUGGGUAAGGAUUUGCGUGCUCCUAUCACUUACAACUUGGCUAGAUCAAAGGAGACGUCCAAUGAGUCAGAAGCUAUCGACACCUAUAACAAAUUGCUUAAAGAAUUUCCCCACUACUUUUCAGCUAAGCUCAGGCUUCUAUUCUUGGACGCUGUCUCGACAGAUAAAACGCCUAAGAAGGAACUUGAGGAAGAAAUUCAGUCUCUCUUGCAAGACAAUGCUUCCGAUUUAGAGGUGAGAUCGUUUUAUGGCUGGUUCAUCAAGACGUUUGGCAAAAAGAUUGGUCUUAAGCCUGACGCCGACACCCAACAUCAAAAGCAGACCUUGGUUGAUUAUGAUUCGCAUGACUGCUACGCAUUGAUUUCUUUGGCUAACAUUUACUGUGUGAUGGCCCGAGAGAUUAAGUCAUCGAAGGAAGAAGAGAAGAAGAAGAAGUACUUCUUGAGAGCUCUCGAGUUAUUCACCAAGGUAUUGUCAAUUGACGCUAAGAAUGUGUUCGCUGCUCAAGGUUUGGCCAUUAUUUAUAUCGAGAACAAGGAGCUUACCAAGGGUCUUGAUAUCUUGAGAAAGAUCCGUGAUUCCUUGAAUGAUAUCUCGGUAUACUUGAACCUUGGUCAUGUAUUGGUCGAGUUGAAACAAUACUCAAAGGCUAUUGAGAGCUACGAGAUCGCUCUUGUCAGAUUCACCAAUAGCAGUGAUCCUAAGAUUCUUUCUUUCUUGGGUCGCUCUUGGUACUUGAGAGGUCUUGCUGAAAAGAACUUGGGCUACUUGAAGAAGGGUCUCGAGUAUUCCGAGGAUGCAUUUGCCAAAUCAUCUACGAAUAAGAGUGCCUUGCUCUUUAACCUUGCAUAUGUGAAAUUCCAGAUUGCCGAUUUCCUCAGUAAGGCACCUACCGAACAAAGAACAGUCGAUGACAUCAAUGAAGCAAUCAGUAACUUGAAUGAUGCCAUUUCAGACUUGAACGGUCUUGCAUCCGACGAUGAGAAGCAUCCUCCAUUCCCUAAGGCCGAAUUGAAGGCAAGAGCCAACAUGGGUACCACCACAUUGCUCAAUAGAUUGCAUACAUGUCUCGAAGAGACCAAGGAGAAUGUUAAUCAGCUCAACAGUAAGCUUGAGGAAGCAAAGAAGUUGAGACAAGAGGAGGAGACCCGGAAAGCACAAGAGGAAGAAGAGAGAGUGGCUGCUCUCAAGGUCAAGCAAGAGGAAUUGGCCAAGGAGCGUGCCGUUUUGCAAGAGCAGGCUCAACAAUGGGCCGAAGAAGCCAGACUGAAUGUUGUUGUUGAUUCUGAUGAUGACAAGGCAUUUGAUGAAGAGAAAAAAGACGGUAAGAAGAAGAAGGGUGGUAAGAAGGCUCAAGCGAACGGUAAGAAGGGCGGUAAGAAGGGUGGCCGUAAAAAGAAGGAUUUCAUCAACGACAGUGAUGGAGAUGAUGCUCCACCAAGCGAUGACAACGAGCCCGAGGAGCCAGUGUUGCCAUCUGGAGAUGAAGAGGAAGACGCUCCAAAGGCAAAGAAGACACAACGCAAGAAGCGUAAUGUCGUUGAUGAUGAUGAAGAUCAAGACGAAGUUAUCAACAAUGCACCAUCUAAAAGAAGAAAACAGUUUAAGUCACAAGAGAUUGUGGAGGAUUCUUCAGACGAUGAUGAUGAUGCAGACGCGGAUGGGCAAGAUAACGACGGCCUCUUCUAG